AUGCCACUUACUAUAGAUGAUGUUCCCGACUCGUUCUACGGUUCAUAUGUAAGGAAGCAUAAAAAUGCUACGGAAGAGGAAAUAAUCAAUGCUUACAAGGAUGAGCAAGGUUCCUCAAAAAUAGCGAAGCCACGGGAUGACGUUCUUGAUAUAGCAUUCACAGUCCCGUUCAAUUCGAACAUCGAUUACAUCGCCGAGUUAGAUCGGCAAUUAGGGUCGAUCAGAAAUUCUUCGGAAUAUUUUAAUUACCUUGCGGUAGUCCAGUCAUCCGGAUAUGGUAAAACGAGGGCUAUGCAUGAACUGGCAAAACUAUAUCCCGUGAUAUACCUGUGUUUCCGUUCAUCCGUAUCAACUGGGUAUCCGAAAGCAACGACACAUAGCUUGAUACUAAAGAAUGAGAUCGAGUUUUGCGACACGAUGGCCAGAGUGGAGGCUGUAGCUAACAGAUGGCUUGCUGCAAUGGUUAUUACUUAUCUGGGCAAGAGCCAUGUUUACAAUCCUGUUAAAAUCAAACGAAAGUCUAUAAUAAUAGCUCUCGAAUAA